AUGUUCAAGAAUACCUUUCAGUCCGGCUUUCUCUCAGUCUUUUACAGCCUUGGAUCGGAUCCGCUGCAGCUAUGGGCAAAGCGUGUCGGCCCACCACCAACUUCAACAUCAAAGUCGCAAUCAAGUUCUAACGACGAAGACUCGUCCACCACACCACCGCCAGAACAACAACAAGAGCCACAUGUUGACUUCGUCGUAGACGACACACUAAACUCGCAAGUUCUGGAGAUCCUGUCGACCCAUUUGCCCACAACGUUCAUCACAACGCCAUCCCUCGCCACCAGGACCCUAGGCAUCAAGCUACCAUUCCUUGUCUUCCUGGUCAAGAAUCUGGGCAAAUACUUGAGUUUCGAGGUUACAGUUCUGGAUGACCGCGGCGAAAAACGGCGGUUCAGGGCAUCCAACUUCCAGGUCGGGAAAACUAUGUCCAACCUUUUAGUGAAGCCGUAUAUCACGACGAUGCCAUUGAGGAUGGACCCGGGAUGGAACCAGAUUCAGCUCAACCUGGCUGACUAUGUCAAGCGCGCAUAUGGGACUGCAUAUGUGGAGACGCAGCGGAUCACGAUCCAUGCGAGCUGCAGGAUACGCCGGAUCUACUUUUCAGACCGCCUGGUUCCUGAGAACGAGCUCCCGGCUGAGUUCAAGCUGUACUUGCCAGUUACGAAGUGA